GCUCACAGCUCAGGUCAAAGGGGAAGAAAGCCUGGUGGAAGGAAUCCAGGAACGACUGUAUCAGCUGCUAGUCCUUUCCAGCAAGGAUUGUAUGUGAAUUUUAGAAAAUAUACAUUUAAAGCAUUGCAUAUACUAAAUGUUUUAAAGUAUUUGCCUUGCUGUUGUGAGCUUUUAACACCAGCUGUAAAAACAGAAAUGUGCAGGAAAAGGACAGAUGGUGACAGAUCAGAAUGGAUAAUAAAGAACUUCUUUAUAGCUGCUAAUUAAGUGGCAAAUUGCAGUUAUACUUAAAUGAUUGAUGUAAUGUAAAUGGCUUCUUAAUAUGUAUAUUUUUCUGUACAGAAAUGGCCUGAAAAUGGUCACAGAAGUACACAUAAUUUCAUAAAUGAAUAAGGCAGAUAUUCUCUUGAAAAAGUUAAAUUUUAGAACUGUUAUUGUUUUCUAAAUGAGCCAUUUCAGAAGAACUUAAAAUUUAAAAGCCAAAACCUUGAGAUUUUAGUUAAAAAUAAAUUAUUUCUUGUGUGUUAAGGAAAAAUGCCUGUUUGAAUACCUAAGUGAAUUUAUGUGUGAUUACCUAUGAAUGUGCUCUGCAAUAAAAUUUAGUAUUUAGCUUGGAAUUUCCACUGCCAACAGAACACUUCAUUUUGAGCUUUUGUUUCUAAGUAUAAUAGUUAAAACCUGAUAUAGUUUUGUUUUAUGAAACACAAUAGUUACGUGGUCAAAACUGAGUCUAAACGUGUGUUACUUCAUUUGGUAAGUGUGACGAGAGAGUUUGAUAAAGUGAAAUGGUGGACUGAACUUAUUUCAUCACAGCCAUUAGUUUUCACCUGGUAAAGAAGAACCUUGAGGUUCUUAUAUUUCAUAAUGACAUGAUGGGCUACUAGUAUUCUUUAAAGAGUGGGGGAAAUAAGCAGCUUUGGAAGUUUUAUGAGAGGUGCCUCUCCUAUGAUUUUACUUUCAUAAAAGCAGCAGCAAAAUGUAAGUGGCUGGUCUCUUUUCUUUAUGCAGCUCCAUGAGAAGUAGACUGGGAAAAAUGUGAGUUAUGUAGAUUAUUCCAUGUGAUCAUUAUUAUUUUAUUGAAUUCAUGUUUUGGUGGGGUAGAUGUAACUGAGUGAUAACAUUCACCAACAUUAUCUUGAAGUUAAAACUCAGAACUUAACAACUGAAGCAACAUCUUUUGGUUCUUACUAUAUGUUGGGAACAUUUAUAAUUGUAUCUUAACAAUUGAAAAAGAGAAGAUUCCCCAUGCCAUUCAGAGUUCAUAGUCUUUUGAAAGUCUUCUUGAGACUUUGCUGUUCUUCAGUCCUUCUUCAGCAUAUAUAAGGCAUUUGGGGAAGAAUUGAGGAAUGCUACCAUGGUAAAAGGCAGUUUUUCAGGAACUCCAGGCAGUGUAAAAUCAUCUUCAGGAAGUUCAGUACAGUCUCCCCAGGAUUUCUUGAGCUUUACAGACCCAGAUCUGCGUAAUGACAGUUAUACUCACUCCCAGCAGUCAUCAUCAACCAAAGAUGUACAUAAAGGAGAGUCUGGAAACCAGGAAGGGGGGGUAAAUAGUUUUAGUUCCAUAAUUGGUCUCCCUUCAGCCUCAGCUGUUAUUUCGCAGCCUAAAAGCUUUGAAAAUUCACCUGGAGAUUUGGGUAAUUCCAGCCUCCCUACAGCAGGAUAUAAGCGGGCUCAAACUUCUGGCAUAGAAGAAGAAACUGUAAAGGAAAAGAAAAGAAAAGGCAAUAAGCAAAGCAAGCACGGGCCUGGGAGACCCAAAGGAAACAGAAAUCAGGAGAGUGCUGCUCACCUCUCGGUCUCGUCCGCCUCUCCAACGUCGUCUGUAGCAUCCGCUGCAGGGAGUGUCACCAGCUCUAGCCUCCAGAAGUCGCCCACGCCGCUCAGGAACGGGAGUGUGCAGAGCCUCAGCGUGGGCUCCUCUCCGCUGGGCUCAGAAAUUUCCAUGCAGUAUCGGCACGAUGGAGCUUGUCCAACAACUACUUUCUCAGAGUUGCUGAAUGCAAUACACAAUGGUAUUUAUAACAGCAAUGAUGUAGCAGUAUCAUUUCCAAAUGUAGUAUCUGGCUCAGGAUCGAGUACUCCUGUCUCCAGUUCUCAUUUACCUCAGCAACCUUCUGGGCAUUUACAGCAAGUGGGCGCUCUCUCCCCAUCAGCUGGGUCAUCUGCACCCUCUGCUGUUGCUGCAACUCAGGCAAAUACCCUAUCUGGAUCGUCUCUUAGUCAGGCAUCAUCUCAUAUGUAUGGCAAUAGAUUAAAUCCAACUUCAUCAAUGGCAGCUCUUAUAGCUCAGUCUGAAAACAGUCAAACAGAUCAAGAUCUUGGAGACAAUAGCCGUAGCCUUGCUGGCAGAGGAAGCUCACCCAGAGGAAGUCUCUCACCAAGGUCCCCUGUAAGCAACUUACAGAUCCGCUAUGACCAGCCAGGCAACAGCAGUUUGGAAAACCUGCCCCCAGUAGCAGCCAGCAUAGAGCAGCUUCUGGAGAGGCAGUGGAGUGAAGGACAGCAGUUUUUAUUAGAACAGGGCACUCCUAGUGACAUUUUAGGGAUGCUGAAGUCAUUACAUCAACUUCAAGUAGAAAAUCGAAGAUUAGAGGAACAGAUUAAAAACUUGACCGCCAAAAAGGAGCGCCUUCAGUUACUGAAUGCGCAGCUCUCAGUGCCUUUCCCAACGAUCGCAGCAAACCCCAGCCCCUCUCACCAGAUGCACGCGUUUCCAGCACAGAGUGCUCCUGCUACUGAUUCCUUGAACAGCAGUAAGAGCCCUCAUCUAGGAAACAGCUUUUUGCCUGAUAAUUCUCUUCCUGUAUUAAAUCAGGACUUAACCUCCAGCGGACAAAGCACCAGCAGCUCAUCGGCUCUUUCUACUCCACCUCCUGCCGGGCAGAGUCCAGCUCAGCAGGGCUCAGGCGUUAGUGGAGUUCAGCAGGUCAAUGGUGUGACAGUGGGGGCACUGGCUAGUGGAAUGCCGACUGUAACAUCCACCAUUCCUGCCGUGCCUGGAGUGGGUGGAAUAAUUGGAGCUUUGCCAGGUAACCAACUGGCAAUUAAUGGCAUUGUAGGAGCUUUAAAUGGGGUUAUUCAGACCCCUGUCACGAUGUCCCAGAACCCUACCCCCCUCACCCACACAACUGUACCACCUAAUGCAACACAUCCAAUGCCAGCUACACUGACUAACAGUGCCUCAGGACUAGGAUUACUUUCUGACCAGCAAAGACAAAUAUUUCUUCAUCAACAGCAAUUCCAGCAGUUGUUAAAUUCGCAACAGCUCACACCAGAGCAGCACCAGGCGCUUCUGUACCAGCUGGUGCAGCAGCACCACCAGCAGCAGCAGCAGCACCACCAGCCCGACCUCCAGCAGCUGCAGAUCCCAGGACCCACUCAGAUUCCCAUCAACAACCUGCUCGCAGGCACGCAGGCGCCUCCCCUCCACUCAGCCACCACCAACCCGUUCCUCACCAUCCACGGUGAUAAUGCAAGUCAGAAGGUAACUAGACUUAGUGAUAAAAGUGGGCCUGUUGCUCAAGAGAAAAGUUGACACUUGAGGAAAAAACAUCUAGAAAUGGCCUAUCCUGCUGUCCUAGCACUUCAUCUGGCUGCUGUUGCAGUCCUUUUACUACACCUAUGAAGAAAUGCAACAAGAAACCAGCUGCACGACAAAGGAUUAAUUGCCAUGAGAGCAUUCUUGUAAGGCUUUGGUUGAUGUUGCUUUGUUGCACUGAAAUGAAAUUCCCAUAUCCCCUACCCCUCUCCCAGAUUAUUUUGAACUUUGAAAGAAAAUUUAAUGGCUAACUUUGGUCAGUGAAAUAAUUUACAUGGCAAUGAGUUUAUCAACCUAAGAGAAAUUAAAUAUAGUUGGUACACAACUAAUUUUGAUUAUAAAUUGCAGAGAUGACUAGCAAAACUAAAGACUUGUUCCAUUUAUAAACCAUUUGAUUUUAUUGUACCAGUUGGAACAUGAAAUAUGAUCUUUUGUUUGGGUUACAGUACAUUUGCUCUGUGAGUCAAACCUUAAAACAAAUUUCAAGGAACUGUUUAAUUUCUUCUUCUAGAGUUUUAUUGGUUAAAUAUUACAAAUAAAUAGGUCAUCCACUGGGACUUGGCAAUCUUUGUUAUAAAAAUUUCCUUUCUAAUGGGAUUUGGCCAAUUUUGGUAAUCAAGUUAGGAUGGUAAAUGUCUGCUUCUGCUAAAGGUAAUUUUCUUUUGCUAAAUGCUUUUUCUUUAGUGUUAAGACCUACUCAUAUUUUGAAGAAACCUUGAGUUAAGUGAGCUCUAAGGCUGCUGGGGGAACCAGCUCAAUUCAGAAUGAAAGAGGGGCCACUCUGGAAACUGCUGGUAGGGUUUGGCCUGGAUCAAGUGCCUGUUAGUACCUGCCUUGUGCUGAAGUGGCUCUGGUCAGCUGAGUAGCAACAGCAGCCUUCCCCGUGGUUCUGCCUUUAUUGAGAACUUUCUAUGCCACUGUAGAUAGCUCAGGCGAAGCUAUUACCUGGGUAUUUAUCCACUAAUGAGUCACAAGAAAAAUGUGUGGAUUUGGUAAGAAUUUUCUUUUUUUCUUUAGUUAGACAACUUCUCGUUGUUAACAAUGAUUUCAAACAAACAAAACAAGACAAAAAAACCCACCACAGCAGUUCUUGAAACAGGUGAAAUCUAUGUUAAAGCCCUUCCAUGCUGGGUGGCCCCACUCCUGGGGUGACAGUGUAGCAGAGUAUAAAUUAAACAAUUGGGGAUGUAAUCAUUGAACUGUUCUUGAAUGUGUGAAUUAUUAGUGGAAAAAAGACCCAGAUGUAAUUAGACCUCCACUGUGUACUUAGCUGGAAGAACAUGUUAAUUCUGCAAUAUGUCUCUUGGUUAAACAUUGCACAGUUCUUACCUCAUUUCUGUAAAUAAGGUUUUGUGAAUCUGUUUUGUAUUGUGAAAAAUUCAUAAGAUAACAUUGAUAUUUUGAUUUGUAAUAUUUCUAAUUGGUAGAUUUAAUUGAAAAGUAAAAUUAAUUUAUUUUUAUAUGUUCAGGGGAAUUUUAAAGAAAGUCAGAUCUUUUGUAGAUAAUUACAAAAAAAUCGGUGUGGUUUAUUUUACUUAUUUAACCCACUGGUUGUUAUUCUGUAACAAUUUGUACAAAUGGUAAAUUUUGAAUGUGUUGUUAUUUUACUUAGAUGUAAAAUUCCACAUGUAUUAAAGAAAAUGUACAAAGUUUUUGUUAAUAAAAUUUAAUAAUGUUUAUAACUCC